AUGACUGAUCCGUAUCCUUACCACCACUCACAACAAGACACCACCCGGCAAUAUCCCACUCAGCAGGAGCCGCACCAAUUACAACCAACCCCACCCACGUCGUCUAAUGACUUGAACAAGUUACUAAAUACCACAAGCGACGUCGGGUCUUCUCCACAUACAAACAUUUAUCAACCUUUGGCUCCGCUGACUCAUCACGUAUAUACACCUCCACUUACAUUUACAUAUUCCGCACCUUGGAAUUAUAGUGUACAGGAAGGUACGCUGGUCAACGCAUCAUCACCACCACAAACACGAGCGUUCUUCGCCCCAACAAUGAGCACAUCAUCAGCUCCAACAAAUCCUCUUGCGAAAAGUUCAUCUCCACCCUCUAAUGCAGAUGCUUCUCAGAUACGCCAAGAUGUUCGUCUACCAAUGUCAAUACCCCAAUUAUUAGUAAAUGAAGCAAAACCAUACUAUGAUUUCGUAGACGAUGGCACGGCUACGCCACUAACAGGCAUGGAAAGUAAUAUACACGUAGCAGAUUCAUCAAAUCCCCAACAAUCAAACUCUCGGCUACAGCUACCGUCAACACACGACUCAUCCAGCUCGCACUCUACUUUGUCUGCCCAAUCAGUGUUACCAUCAACAAAGCCAUCGCAGAUGAGGCAGGCUACACGAAUACGACUUACCACGCGGAAGCCCGCAUCAUCAUCAUCAUCUACUCUUUCUCCUUCACGCACUAGAACAUCACCUGUACCAAGACGUACACCUAAAAAUCUUUCGGGCACAACCAGCACAAUGACUAAUCCAAGUAGCCCUGCUAAGACAAAUGCUGGUGGUAGCAAUGGGAAACGACGAAGAGAUAGUUCUAGUAGUGCGUCCAGCACGGCAGAUUUGUCAGAAAAAAAGGACGAAAUACAUGACCAAAAUGGGUUUAUGGAUCUAAGUUCUGGUGAAGAUUAUGGAGACAUGUUAUUAGAAUACAUGAAGCAAUUGCAUCAAAGACAAAGAAAGGUGGUGGAAGAUUUCGAGAAGAGGCAGAAGAACAAGAGAGUAAAGAUGGUUGAGAAAUGGGGAAUUCGCGUACAGAAGAAACCUCUUAAAAAAUCCCAGCAGGCACUCGGCCGGGGACGAAGAGGCAAAUCACCACACUUGUUGGUUAGGAAAUUGGGACAUUCUACGCAGAUUAAUGUUGAUCGAAAAAGACAAGAAUCAUCUGUCCGUAAGAAGGAGAAAGCAGAACUUGACGAGAGACGACGUAUAUGGCGUGAUAUUUCGCGAAAUGCUAUUCCAAAGGCCUACAAAAUAGUAACUCAGUAUACGUCCUCACGGCAGACUAACGCGCGUAAAAUUGCCCAAAUUUGCCAGAAGGAAGCUCGCAAAGCCCAGACAAAGAUUUCCCGUUCUCAAAAAGAUGCCACUCAGAAAUCGAAACAACUCUGUAAAGCAGUUCUAUUGCAUUGGAAGCGUCAUGAGAAAGAAGAGCGCGAGGCACGCAAAAAAGCAGAACGUGAAGCGUUAGAACGACAAAGAGAGGAAGAAGAGCGUCGGGAAGCCGAGAGACAGCAGCGAAAGUUGAAUUUCUUAAUCACACAGACCGAGUUAUAUAGUCAUUUUAUUGGCAAGAAGAUAGGACAAACGGUAGAUGCAGAGGCUGGGUCAUCGAAGAUGGAAAUAGAUGAAGGGGAGCUGAACGAUGAUGAUGAGCUUACCUCUUUCAAUGAUAUAAACUUUGAUGAAGUAUCUGAUGAGGCACUAAAGGCAAAGGCUCGUGCAAGUGCACAAAAUGCUAUAGCUCAAGUCCUCGAGCGUACACGUAACUUUGAUGGCGAACGUCAGCGAGAUAUGACUUUGAAUGGUGCUGAUAUCGAUCAAAUGAACUUUCAAAAUCCAACGAGUAUGCCCUCUGCUCCUGAAAUCAAACAACCAAGUAUGCUCAUGUGUCAACUGAAAGAAUAUCAACUCAAGGGCCUGAAUUGGCUGGCUAAUCUUUAUGAACAGGGCAUUAACGGAAUUCUGGCUGACGAGAUGGGUCUCGGCAAGACUGUUCAAUCGAUAGCCUUAAUGGCUCACUUGGCAGAGACCCACAAUAUCUGGGGUCCAUUCUUGGUCAUAGCGCCCUCUUCAACACUACAUAAUUGGCAACAGGAGAUUACUAAAUUUGUGCCUAUAUUUAAGGCUUUACCAUACUGGGGUAAUCCCAACGAUCGUAAGACUCUUCGUAAAUUCUUGAACAAAAAGAAUCAAAUAUAUACAAGAGAUGCUCCCUUUCACAUUGUCAUCACAAGUUAUCAAUUGAUUGUGCAAGAUAAGGCCUAUUUCGAACGAACUAAAUGGCAAUAUAUGAUACUUGACGAAGCUCAGGCUAUCAAGAGCUCUUCAAGCGCUCGUUGGCGAACUUUACUAGCCUUCCAAUGCCGAAAUCGUCUUCUCCUCACCGGAACUCCCAUUCAGAAUAGCAUGGCUGAACUCUGGGCAUUGCUCCAUUUCAUUAUGCCCACUCUUUUUGACUCUCACGCAGAAUUUAGUGAAUGGUUCUCCAAAGAUAUUGAGAGUCAUGCGGAAAAUAAGGGUACACUCAAUGAACAUCAACUAAAGAGGCUUCAUAUGAUUCUGAAACCUUUCAUGCUUAGAAGAAUCAAGAAGAAUGUCCAGAAUGAACUGGGAGAUAAAAUCGAGAUUGAAGUUCCAUGCGAGCUUACUGCACGCCAGAGAAUGCUAUAUCGCGGAUUAAGAGCAAAAAUAUCAGUAACAGAGCUAUUAGAAAAAGCAACCUCAUUGAAUGAGAACGAGAGCGUUGACAGUUUAAUGAAUUUGGUCAUGCAGUUCCGUAAAGUGUGCAACCAUCCUGAAUUAUUUGAAAGAGCGGAUGUAGUUGCGCCAUUUAGUUUCUGCAAGUUCGGAAUGACAUGGUCGCUUGCUCGUGAGGGUGAUAGAUUACAUGUGGCCUACUCUGUCAAGAAUGUUAUUGACUACCAUAUACCGGCACUGCUUUUCUGUGAAGGUGGCAUAUUAGAUGUUCCAGGGCAUCGGACAAGGUCUGGAUGGUGGUCAAAGUAUGUUUGUUUAUUGCUGAGCAUAUGGAGGGCUGAUUAUAUUCACCGGUCAAUAUGGGAUGGCGAAGACAAAGAAGAAAAAACUUUCUCGUUUACGAGAUUUAUUGGUUUAAAUCCAAGUGAGACUGAACUUAUAUAUAGAAAUGAUAUCAUACUUAGAUGGCUUCUCCACUGCCUACAUAAUCCAUCACUAGAGGAGCAUUCGCCGUUCUUAAUUGUAUCGGCAUGCUCCAAUUCUGCUCGACCACUCAACCCUUUCUUACACUCUACUUCACCAAAAGAGGAUUUCCUGCUUGGAUCUACAUACUACGAUAAAGCUCCCUUGUCUGUAUCUCGGCGAUUAAAGGGUAUGGCGCUUCGUAGAAGUCGCACCUUAAUGUCAUACAUAGAACCAAUAUAUAUGCCAAAGGUAUUAGCUUCUCCGAUUGAAGCGUCAUGCGAAAACCGUACCUGGCAUUAUCAGCAGAUGGAUAUAUUGCACAAUAGAAAGAUCGAAUCGUUUUUAUAUGGAUUAAGCGAACUGUUAUAUGACAAAGAGAGAUAUUCCACAACGUACGGACGUAUACUGGCUGAAAGAGAACGGAUUGGUAUUCCGAAAGAUCGACUCCCAAUAUUCGGAAUGUUGACAUGGAAGAAUCAGAGUUACGUCCACAUGCGAAUUCCUGCUCUCAAGAGAUUGAUCAUGGACUCUGGCAAACUGGCCAAUCUUGACAAGUUACUGGAAGAAUUGAAAACAGGCGGUCAUCGUUGUUUAAUCUACUUCCAGAUGACUCGUAUGAUAGACAUAAUGGAAGAAUACCUAGCUUAUCGGCAGUACAAGUACUUGAGACUGGAUGGCUCGAGCAAAAUUUCUGACCGAAGAGACAUGGUGACAGAUUGGCAGACCAGACCAGACAUCUUCAUUUUUCUGCUGAGUACACGAGCUGGAGGUUUAGGAAUAAACUUGACGGCCGCAGAUACAGUCAUAUUCUAUGACAGUGACUGGAAUCCGACUGUUGACCAGCAGGCCAUGGAUCGAGCUCAUCGUCUAGGGCAAACGAAACAAGUCACAGUGUAUCGCUUAAUCACAAGAGGUACUAUAGAAGAUCGCAUCCUCCAACGUGCCAAGCAAAAAGAUGAAAUACAGAAAGUAGUUAUAUCAGGUGGAGAAUUCAAACAAGUGGACUUCAAGCCUCGUGAAAUUGUAUCUUUGCUCUUGGAUGAGGAGGAGCUGCAGCAGAAAUUGAGUGAACAAAGUAAACGCAAGGCCGAGGAGGAAUCCAGUAAGAAGAAGAGUAGAGUAGUGAAAAGACAGAAAAGAGAUAAAAACACUAUAAUGACUGCCGGAAAUGGCUUUUAA